UGAAAGUGUUGGAGUCGGACAUUGUUGUGGUAACAGUCCAGCCCCAGAGGAUGAACAGAGACGGUGCGUCUAAUUUGAAGGGCUGCAUUGGAUUGAGAUUGGUUUUGUUUCCUUUAAUUUAAACAGUGGCCCGUUUGGAACAACCAGACGAGUGAGAAGGACGAGACAAGCUGCUGCACCACACGGACUCUUCCCUGCAGCCACCGGGGGAGUGUGUUCAUUCAGCCGAGGAGCAGAGCGCAGCCGGAUGAGACGAUGCCAGCGACGUAAAAAACCAACAACAUCUGCAGGGUGUGCGUCCGAGGCAGCUGGAUUACGCCUCCGUGGAUCGACCGGGGCCUUUGUAGCGCGAUAAAACCCCCAACAGGCGACUGGAUCCUGCUCGAGGAGGUAAAACAAGGACAGUAGUAUUCCUGGAGGCCUGCUGGAGAAGGCAGCCUGCUGUUGAGAGGAUGACAGAUUGACAUUAAUGAGGGUUUGUGGUGCGUUUUCAUCCGCGACCUCAUUAAGAGCAGACACUGGCUUCUGCGUAAAAACAGCACAGAGGCAGAGAGGCAGCGAAGAGAAGCAGCUAAAUAGAGAAAUCACAUGUUUCUGCCUGGAUUUGGCCUCCUGUGGUGUGGGGAUCGCAUAUAGGCUACAUGUCAUCCACCAAACACCGCCUGGAGAUGAAGAGGAGGAUGUGGUGAUGAAGACUGAGCAGUGAGGCAUCGCCAUCUCCGCGCUUUUUUUUAAUAGAUUCUCAGGUACCAUCUGUAGGUGUAGGUUUGUUUUUUAAAUAGAAAAUGGGCAGUGAGGGUGAGAUAAUAAACAGAGAGCUGUCAAAGAUGUCUGACGAGGAUUUGCUGGCGUGCUCCAAAGAGGAGCUGGUGAGCCGGCUGCGUAAAGAGGAGUCCGAGAAAAUCUCAGCGCUCAUCCAGCGAGGUCGGCUGAUCAAGGAGGUAAAUAAACAGCUGCAGGGACACCUCCUGGAAAUCAGGGAACUGAAAGUCAUCAACCAGCGCCUGCAGGAGGAGAACGUGGAGCUGCGGGACCUGUGCUGCUUCCUGGACGACGACCGGCUCAAGGUGAAGAAGCUGGCCCGGGAGUGGCAGCUGUUCGGCCACCACGCCGCCAAAGUGAUGCGGGAGGACCUGGGCGGUUACUUGAAAAAGCUCGCCGACCUGGAGCGCAUGCAGGACGGCCUGGUGAAGGAGAACCUGGACCUGAAGGAGCUGUGUCUGGUGCUGGAGGAGGAGUGCGUCAGCAGGAGCGACUCCAGCCCCGGCGGCUCCACCGAGCUCAACCUGCCCUGCAUGGUGGCCCGGGACCUGGGGGACGGGAGCUCGAGCACGGGCAGCGUGGGGAGCCCGGACCAGCUUCACCUGGUGUGCUCACCGGAUGACUGAUGACAGAUGUGUGACACAGACAGAAGCUUUGCCAGACUAUACAAAACAAAUUGGUGCAAAAAGCACCAGGGCCUCCUGGAUGCUGCAGAAGUGAUAUGUGUGUGCCACUGGACAAAGAUUCUCCACUAGAGACAUUUUUAGGACUUUACAAAGACAUUUAAUAGAUGUUUUGCCAGAUGAUAAUGUAUCUAAAUUUUACAGUGUUUUUCUAAAGACUUGUCUGUUUGGGGGUGGGGGGUGGGGGGAUUCUUUUUUCAGUGGUCUGUUGUUGGAAAAAAAAAUGGGACCAAAAAAGUGGGUCACAAAUAUAAAUUUAUCUCAUGCACUGGACUAGCCUACACUGGUAGAAGCCUUUUUUCUAUUGCACUGGACAGCGUUACCAUGGAUCUUCAAAUCAAAGAUUCAUUUCAAUCCAGUUUUGAGCCAUAGUUAGUCCUAAUUACAAUAGCACUGACAUCGAUGAGUUGUGAUAAAGAAAAAAUGAAAACUAUUUGAUAUUUGCUUUUUGCUAGAUGCCCAAUAAUGUGUAAUAUUUUAUGCACUCUCUUCCUCAGGACAGGAUUGGAGUGCCAUAUGUGCAUGAUGAUUGUGACACAUUGUACAGGCCUGUGAAGCAGUCUGAUGUUAAAGGCCCUUCAGGUUUACAGCAGGCGGGGCCGCUGCUGGUAAUGUAACGUGCUAGAGAGCCAGCACACUUGUUAAGACAUGAUAAAUGUCCUUGGACCUCGCUCAGAGCUGAACCGAGUAAGUGCUGACACUUUUUUAAAAAUCCAACCGGAAACUCUUUGUAUCAAACUGGAAGGUCUACAAGUUUUAAUGAUUUCUAUUCUACUGCAAGUAAGGCACUAUUCUACUCUUUAAAGUCACUUGUAGGACAUGUUUUUAUUACCUUGUUGUUGUUGAUGUUUUAAUUAGCAUAUCACAGUUUAAGUUUCGCAUUAGUCAGAUUUCUCCUCUGUAUCUCAUGCUUUGUAUUUACCCUGUAUGAUUAUAUAGGGAUCUUAACUUUCCUAACUUUGAGCCUUUCUUUAUCUUGAUUUAUCUGUAUGAACUAGCAUUACUAACCGAUCUCAGUUUAAAUCAUAUAGCUGAUGCACAUGGAUUAGAAAAGGUUUUAUUUUGUCGUUAGCUGUUUUUAUUGGUGGGCUAUGCUCGUACUCGUAGUGCAUUGGAGAGCUUUAAAUACAGUGGGUAUGACACUCUGUGCUGUUCUGGCCUUUUCUUUGCGUGCAUGACUUUGCCGAAACAAGCGUUGAAAUUCAUAUGACACAGAGCGAAGGAUUGAUUUCUGCACUUGUUGUUCUGACCUUCAUGUCUGAACCAUCUAUGCGUGAUUGAUGCUCCCUUUAUGUCACACAGACCGACUUUAUGGAUGUUCAUCAGUUUUAUUUUUAGUCUGUGGAGCUGAAGAAGGCAGUAAUGCUUUUACCCACUUAGUGAUGCACAGACGUCCUGUGACAGCAGCAUACACAGAUUUUGUUCCCUCUCUCAUGCUCUCUAGCUCUCAAUCUGACUCUUUCCAUCUCUCUCUCUAACUCCUUUUUAGCUGAGUGAUCCGUUGCCCUUAGAACCAUGUAUGUUUUAGCAAGAGAUCAGCUUCAUUUUUGGGAAAUGGACUAACAGUGAACUCAGUGCUCACAGUUGAGGGGCACAGAGAAUCGUCAUGAGCGUUCGUCAGUGCUUCGGUCGCCAAACGCUCUGAUUCAGUAAAAAGGCCACAGUUUGUGAUUGUGUUCAUUAUUGAUGCUGAUUAUCCUCUCUACUAAUCACUGAAUUC